AUGGCAACCAAACCAACAACCACCACAAAAGCCAGAGAGGAGUUUCUAGCCCCUCUCAAUGACCGGGCCGGAUCCAAACAUUAUCGCGUCCACAAUUCUUCGUCGUCUGAUAUGGCGAAUCCUCGGAAUUGGAGUACCACGAAGAAGCGGCUGUUGUUUGCUGCGUUGAUUUCUAGUUCGCUACUCGCCGAUGGAGCAAUGACUUGGGGCGCAACGUUGAUUGUGACCCAGGCCCAGGAUUGGGGCGUUAGUACCAACUAUUCCUCGACAAGUAUGAAUUAUGGGAUUCUACUGCAGGGUUUUGGGGGGAUAUUUGCUGUUCCUUUUAUCGAGGCAUAUGGAAGACUCCCCAUUUGGCUCUGGACUCAGGUCGUUACAAUGUUCAUGGUCCUCGGCGCUACAUUGUCAACUUCCUACCCCGUAUUCACCACCUUUCGAUCUCUACAAGGCCUCUUCGGGACUGUGCCACAGGUUGUCGGACUGUCUAUCAUCCAUGACAUGUUCGACCCAAAGGAUUGGCCGCGGAUGAUUAAUAUUUGGGCAACGACAUUCCUGAUCGGACCAUUCCUCGGCCCUGCGAUAGCAGGCUAUAUACUGGUAGCAAGCCAGUAUCGCUGGAUCAUUCCGUUUGGUGUCUUGACUGCACUCUAUGGCGUGUCGACCAUAAUGAUUAUGCUGUUUGGACACGAGACCUACUACGAUCACGAAAACUCUCGUCCCAAUAUUAAACGCCCAAUGAUGAAGAGAAUAUACUCCUUUAUCGGACUGAACAACAACAACACCCACCUCGACAGACGUACCACCUUGGUCUCCGAAUCUAGCACUUUGUGGAAGCUGAUAUUCAGACUUCCGCUUUUGUUGACGGGAAUAAAUGUCAUGAUUAACUUCUGCUGGCCUAUCGGAAUCACGGUCACAGUAGAAUCGUUUUUGCAUUCGCCGCCGUAUAUGUUUGAUGAGAUUCAGGCUGCGUCUAUGCGGUUUGCGGGCGUUAUUGGGGCUGCGAGUGGAUAUGUUUUUGGUUAUUUCUUCAAUGAAUGGAUCUACAAACACUACCAACAGAAGCUAAACAGCAGUAGCAAGAAAAACAAAGCCAACGAAGAACUACGCAGAACAGCCUCAGAGAACAGCAGUCUCCAGAUUGCCGACGCACUCAUCUCUUUCUCCGCUCUUAACGGCAAUCAGCACCAAGAGUCCUCGUCGUCGGCACCAGGCUGGAGGCCUGAAUACAGACUGCAUGGUGUCUGGAUCCCCGUCGCCAGUUUGGCAGGUGGCCUCGUCACGUAUGGCCUGACCCUCAACUUUCAAAGGUCCUGGCUCGGGCUCGCGUUUGGUUGGGUCAUGGUUAAUCUUGGUAUGGUUGGUAGUACCGUAGCAAUCACAGCAUACGCCCUCGAAAAAUACCCCAUGCACUCCGGCCCCGUCAGCGCAAUACUCAACAUGUGGCGCACCUGCGGCGGGUUCUCGGUGGGUUAUUUCCAGGCUAGUUGGAUUGUGCGCAAUGGGGUCGGAGUUGUGUUUGCCGUGCAGGCGGCUGUUGUUGUGGUGGGUGUUGUGAUUUUUAUUGUGCCGGUUGUUGUGUUGGGGGGUAGAAGGGGGUGGUUUAAGUAG